AUGGGCCCUGCUAGAAAUGGUUCGAUUUACAGCAUUGUUGCAAUGGUCCCAGAUGAUCAAAUGCAAGAGAAUGCAGAAGGCAAGUCCUGGACGACCAAGGGAGAUCCCGAAAAGCUCAGGGAAACUUUCAAAGUAUUCCCCCCUUGGGCAAGGGCUGUCUUCAAGAACUGCACCGAAGUUGGCCUGUGGCAGUUGCGUGAUCUUGAUCCUCUGAAGACAUGGCAUAAAGGACGCACCAUCAUCAUUGGCGAUGCAAGCCACCCGAUGCUUCCGACCCAGGGUCAAGGAGCUAGCCAGAGUGUCGAAGACGCAGAAGCGCUCGGAGCCAUCUUCUCCGAUGUCAAGACUAAGCCAACACAGGAGGAGGUUGCUAAACAGACCGUUUUCGAAUGCAGAUACGAUCGCGCAACGCUCAUCCAGGGUUACAGCAGGCAGUCAGGCAAGCCAGCAACUGACAAGUCCACCAACAAAAUCACAAUGAAUCCCGGAGAGUUCAUGGAUUACAAUUGCAAUUACGGCGGGGCCCGAGCGUGGAUGGAGAAGCAGGCCAAGCUGAAGGAGUUGGCUGCGAUUCCUGACCACAGGCACCAGGGCGCAGCCGCCCUUGCGACAAACAUGACGGCUCUCAGUCUUGGAAGCGAAUGA